CAUACCGACAUGACAGCAAACGUCACCAACUUUAGGCAGUUUCCCUGUCAUCCCUUUUUUAUUUUACACCUUCAAAAAUUAGUUUGAUCCACCCGAACAUUGAUCCCAAUCCCUACAACAAAAUGGCGGCAUGCAAGCCCUGCGGAGCCCUACCAUCCACCAACCGGGCGUCGCCCCGCUCCAAAAUGAGUUGCCCGCCCUGUCCUUGUCCCCCUUGCGGCUACCAAAUGCCACCCCCGCCGUGUCCUUGUCCGCCCCAAUGCACGUUGCCCGUGGUGGCCGACUCGAUGCCGAAGUACGUGGUGAACCCCUGCGACCCCAACGCGCAUGCGAAACAAAUCAAAAAUGAAAAUUGUUGUAACGUGUGCGUCCCGGUGACGGUACCGUGUCCACCCCAGCCACCGCCGAAGCCUCGUAAGAAGUGCAAAUAUAUCCAACCAGCCCGUCCGAAGUCUUUUGCCCCCACACGGAAUUAUUUACCGCCUGAGUUGAAGAUGGCGGAUGACACGAUUUAUCGUAAGAGUUAUAUCCCGGUUGAGGGUGAAAAGCCUAAGCAGGUGAUCCCUGAGAAUAAUUUGUGCGUGGGGGAGGGUAAGAUAUCCGACGAUACCAUUAACAGGAUGUCGUAUAAGCCGGUGAAAAUCGUGCCCACUUGCCCCAUUUACCCUUGCGAGCACAAACUGAUCGGCGAGGGACCGAUGCAAGACAUAACCACCAAUAAACACGACUACGUCCCGAAACCAUUUGUAAAACCGGAGGCAGUGAAACCGUUCACCAACCUAUUCACCUCCGAUUGUCCCCUAAGCGAUAAAACCGUAAAUCGAAUGUCCUACAUGCCCAUCGAUCUUAAUAAGGCGAAAGUCACCCCCUUUCAUCCGACGAAUGCCAUUGAAAAACCGACGGGGAGGAUCAGCGACAAAACGGUGAAUAAAAUGUCUUAUCAGCCGUGGAAACCGAUGGAGCCGAUCGAUAAACCCUGGGCGGAGAAGCCGCGGUAUCAGCCGCCAAUGCUUCGCAUGGAAGACAAUACGGUGAACAAGAUGAGCUACCAACCACCGGGACGUUACGUGGAGUGCGAAGAUGACGAUCCAGAUUGCGUGGACUGUCCAGAGCCUCCGUGCGACCCCAAUCCAGCCAGGUGCGUGGGGCCGACCACCUGUUGCAUGCCAUGCUGUUGCCCCAGGGCAGCAUGCUAACGUACCAAUUUUUUUUUUCUUUUCGUGUGAAAUUGUUCGUGUCUUUUAUACAAUCUGUGAAUUGUCUUGUGUAUUUUUUUUGCUGGUCAAACUAAUUUUUUAUCAAAGGUAUAUAAUAUACAUUCUAUUUAUAUUACAA